AUGAUAGCUUGUGUGAGUCCUGCCGAUUAUGAUACAGACGAAACGUUGUCGACCUUGAGGUACGCUGAUAGGGCAAGAAAGAUCAGAAACAAACCCAUCGUCAAUCAAGACGCCAAAGUGGCAGAGAUUAAUGAACUCAAAAAUACGAUACAGCAGCUCAGACUGCAAAACUUGGGCAAAGAUCGGGCAGAAAUAGAAUUGAAAAAAGAAAAUGAAGAAUUGAAGAACAAAUUAGAAGAACUGGCGACUAUAUCAGAAAUCAGGAGAUGUGCGACAAGCAGCAGGUGGUGCUCAGGGCAAUGGACGCGAAGAAUACUGGCAUGGCGGAUAAGGUGGAACCUUGGAAGUCAAAUAAGGGAGCCGUCCCGAAAGUCAUCGUGGAUGAGGUUGAGAAUUUCAGCGAGGAGGACGACGUCGCCAAAGAUCCCGAUUGGCGACGAACUCCUCCAUCAAGAAGGAGAAAAAAAACCGCGACACCGCGGCUGAAAACACCAAGCUGCCCCUGACACACUUUGUGCUAUUCUAGAGAACGAUCGUCUUCCAGUUUCUAUUGAGUUCAU